AUGUGCACAUCAGGGACCUGCAGACUCCCGGAAGACGGCCAUGGUCGAUGUCGAGUCAAGAAUGCCUCUUUGAAACGCAGCUCGGAUGCAGCACCUCAGUUGUGCAAGGAGGUGAAGUCAAUCCUGAGACAGAGCAGGGUCGCCAGGCAAGGAAGUCGUCCAGGAUUAGCGUCAGUAGUUUGGCGACGCCUAAAGAUGCUGAGAUGUUGUCCACGCCGCUUAUGGAGCGAAGGCCGCGUGAAAUUCCGCGGCUCCGUGCGCGUGCUGUCCUUUCCGCGGACAUUGGGCGGGAGCGACGCUGUGCCCACGGACGGUUCCACGGUGGCACUUGGACUGGGACAUGUUCCGAAGGAGAGCCAGGUCAAACUGGCCCGUUGUUCUCGCAAUAGCGAUCAGAUCUCGUGGAUGCCCACGGAGAUGCGCGAGCGCGUCUUGAUGGAAUGCAUGGGAAAAGAGAACUAUGAAAAGGUUCAAGAGAUAGAGCUCCCAGAGAUGACGGAGUUGCAAGCACAACGGAAGAGCUCAGUUGAGGACUUGCGCUGCCAUGCAGACAGGGGUGAGCUUGUGGAUUUGUUGUCCAUGGCGAAACGCAAGAGGGAGGAGACACCGGAGCCCAAAGAGGUGCCAGAUGACGAAGAUGAGGAAUCGGAAGAGGAAUCGGAAGAGGAGCUUGAGGACGAGGAAGACAGUGGCGAGUUGGACAUCACAGUGGAUGAUGAUGGACGUAUAUGCAGCCCAGAAGGCCAGCUGACCCAGUCGAUUGUAUUGGAGCCUCCAGUGCGGGUGUUUGAUGAUGUGCUGCCUGCCGAACACCUCGAAGCUCUGAAGGAAUGCUGUCGAAGCUGUUUCCAGGCCAAGCCAAGCCAAGGGCGAUACAGCUCUGGAAAGACCUUCUGGUCCGACUGGAACCAAAGCCCUAGAUGUGAAUUGGAGGCUUUGGCGCUUGCCAUUUUACGGCGCCACUGUCCCGAGCCAGCUGCGCCAGCUGGAGUUGAGUGGUGGACCCUCUGCUUAGACGAGAGCUCCGAAGUCGCAUGGCAUUGGGAUCGCGAUUACACACUGGAGAGCUCCGGGGUGAAUAUCCAUCCGAUGCUUGGUACCGUGACCUAUCUAUCUCAAGGAGAAGAAAAACAUCCACAAUUGAGCACCUGGACCUUGGACGUGCUCUCCUCCGUCCAGCGCACUGGGCAGGACGUGCUGCUGCCGCGCCAAAGUGCGGCUGGCAACGCUUGGUGCACCGUGGUGCCACCGAGGGUGGGUCGGCACUUGGCCUUCGACGGCCGCUUCCUCCACGGGGCCUUUGAUGCCGCCCCGAGGUCUGCCGUGGUGACCAGUGAGAGGGUGACCUUCUUGGCAAAUGUGUGGGUAGGUCACCAACCAGGCAACGCUUCGCCAUUACCUGUGGAAUUGCAGAGCUUCUCUGCGCAGGGCCCAGAAUCUCUGCGCAGUGUUGAGAAGGCGCUGAUUUCUCCUGCGCCGCCGAGGGAACCUAAGGUGGUGGAGGCGGAUGAAGAGUUGCGCAGCUUCAAACUGGAGGGUGGGCGACUUCAGAUUGCCCCACCGAAAUCUGCAGGUGGGCUGCGGACCGGACUCCACAGAGGUCUGUUGCCACUUGACGCGAGCGACCUGGACUCCGGCUGCGAAGCAAAAGAGUCCUGGCGCGUGGAUAACAAAAACAUCACGUUGAUGCCACAGUCCAUUGAGGAGGCCUGCAAACGGGCGCGCAAGCUGACUGAUGAGGUGGCGGCCUACGGAACGGAGUUGCAGCGCGUUGCCGCGUUGAGGCGUCUCGGUGAGGCACCGUCACCUGUGCGACCAGGCUCGCAGACGCAUCGUUCCGUGCCCUUUGCCCAGGCCAAAUCGGCUGCGAGGAAAGUGGUGGCAAAGCUUGCAGGGCUCCUCAGAUGGGGAGCUCAAGGAGGUGACAGAAAGUGUAAAGCUCCAGCUGAAGGAGGAAGUUUCUUCAGAGAAAGAUGUGGUGGUUUGCUCUCCAGCGAGGUGUCUCGUGGCGGUUUGCUGGUUGCGCAACUGCAAGCAGUCGCUCGGGUUGGACAGCUCAGCGACACAGCCUACGCGGUGGAUAUGGUCCAAAAGGAACUCGGAAAUCACGAACGCGAAAUGGCGUUGCUGCGACAGGAACGCGAAAGCCUUCAGGUGGCAAUGGGGGCCCCAGCGCAUCGCGGCCAGGGCAAGCUUGCUGCGGCCGCCAACAACUCCAUCCCCAGCUCACCUGGCGGGAUGAGCCCAGUGGCGAAUCGUGUCAGUGGAGUGGGACGCCAGCCGUGGAAUCUGCGAGCCCUGGUCAAGGACUGUCAGUCUGGAUCAUUGGCGUUGUGCUACCUCAACUACGGCGAGGCUCCUCCUGUCUAUCAUACCAGGUUGGUCUUGGGACAUGUCCAAAACCAUGAAUACUUCAUCCGAACCCCGGAUGGGGAUGAAUACAUUGAACAUUUGGAUGGCUCCAACACUGACCUCACCCAAUUCUUUGUCGGGCCAGAUGAUGGUUCUCUCCCCGUGGGAGUUCCGGCGGCACAGGUCUAUGCCUUCCAACCCAUGACUGUGGCAGAGCUAAAUCGCAUCUUGGCCUCCGGCCGACAGUUGGUCGCUGCCGAGUUGCGAGCCCGAGGCUUGGCAGACCCUCACGCACCUCAAGCAGUGGGACAAAUGGUUUGGGUCAUGGCUGAGGCAAUCCCUGGCAAGAAAAUAGGCGAGGUUGUGAACCCUCCGGCGAACCACCCUCGUCUUGGGCAGUAUGGAUUGAUGGAAGUCGCAGAUGACAAUGGCUCCACACGUCCUGUACUUAUCCAUCAGCUCUGCGUGGACGAGGUGGGUAAAUUCUGUGAGGACCGGAUUGGCUUGGCCAGAGCCAGUGAAGCAGUUGAGGGAGAAGAUAGGUCAGCUGGGGAAGAUGUGCGUACAAUGGAGGUCAAGUAUGCCUUCAAUGGCGAAAGGCAUCGAAGCUUCAGAGACAGCGUUGCCGAGAUGCAGCAGGUGGAGUUCGAUGACUUUCCGCUGGCUCCAAGGACAUCCUUGGCAUAUUUGAAAGCUGUGUCCAUGGUGGCGGAGUCUGCUUUUGGGCAGCACCUGUCCUGGGUGGCACAGAGUAGGAUCCCUGAAGGUGACCGCGCCGUGCACGAGAACGAGAUUCUGUCACGUGCAUUGGACUUGGCGAUAUCGUAUGACGCCCUCAAUAUCUCCAACCUGGCCUCCUUCGAACUGAUCAUCCGAAGAAAACAAUUGUUGGCCGAAGCCCAUGCUUACAAUCCUGGGGCCCCGUCGUAUGAAGGGGCCGACCACUACCUCGGCACCACAUACCGCCCAGGUGGAGGUAUCAUCGUCCCAGAGCUCCAGAAGCACGUCUCAGAGAAGAUGCACCAGGAAAGCCAGAUCUUGAAAGAAAAACGCAAGCAAGCCGAGCUCAAAGGCAAUGGAAAAGGGAAGAACAAGAACCAGCCUCCGCCUCCAAAACCCGAGCCAAAGGGGGGAGUGUGCCGGGCUUCUGCCAGACGGUUUCAACGCCGUGAGCACAUCCGAAAGCGUGUGAACAUGGCCAUUCAUGCGUUGAAUUCACUAUUUUUUGGUCGAGUUUGUCCAGAGGCGGGUGAGAUUGGCAACCUUUCUUCUCUGCCUCUGUGCCAGCGUGAGUGCAUCAGAGGCUUGGUGCAGAGAAUCCAGGCUUUCGGUGCUCCUCCCUCGACUGCAAGCCGCCAAGGAGCCCUUGCGGUGCUCCGGGCAGCCAGCAACGGAUACCAAGAGCCGGAAGCUGGCGUUGGAGAAGUCGUAGACUUUGUCCUGGAUCAGCUCUCACUUCCAUCUGGACGGGUGGCUGGGGUGGACCUUGAAUCCUCUCUGGAUGGCCCUCUUCAGACUAUGGUUGCAGAUUUCGAAAACUGGAUGUUGCAAGAUGCGUCAGCAUGGAGUGAUUUGGCAGAAGAGGACUGUUUCUAUGCAGCACGUAUUUCGAGCGAGAUGUCAAAUUUCUUUUGCCUGGUCUCCGAUAUCAACCUAUUUGAAGCUAGAUCGAGCGUCGUGGCGAUGCCCUACUGCGACAACCUGCACAGUUUGUCGCUCAGUGCAGAGGCGUGUCAAGCGGGUAAGGCUUCGAUGGCAGCAGAUCUCUCAGACAUGGGGUUUAGCUUGCAUGAAGAAGUCGAUGCUACAGACUACUUUCCUACGAUCGUUGGCGCUUUCGUCAUCUUGGCCCAGAAGACUGGAAGCCUAGAGAGCGACUGGCAGGGGCUUUCACUGUCCGAGCGCGGUGGAUUCGCUCAGAGGCAAAUGUCGCGGACGGGCCCUCUAGGGGCCAGAUCCGUCCGGGUCCUUUCCUUGGCAUCCCAUCAGAUCAGAAGCCAAGACCCGAAAGCAAAGGGAUCUCUGAUCAGAAAGGCAGCCGACGUUGUGAAGAAGAGUUCUCGAGUGUUGAGGGCGCCCCUGCUUUCACCUCCAGUGAAGCCAUCCUCGAACAAGAGGAGUUUGGCGGGCAACCGUGCGUCGGCUCCCAAGAGCUACAAGGCCCAGAGGACCUUGAGCCGCACCCAGGAAGUGGCUUUGGAGGUGGACAACCUAGCAAAGGCCAACAGGCUCACGACCCUGGAGCGGAGGUCGGUCAGCCGAGCCAUCGAGACACAGUAUGCCAGCUACUACCGGAGAUUCGCGAGUUUUUGCAGGGAGAACAGCCUAGACCCACCACCAAGUCCACUAACGGACGGCCAUCUUGCAGAGUACAUGGACAUCAUGUUUGCCGAGGGCAAAGGCAUGAACGAGGGAGAGAAGACCCUUGCCAGCGUGGAGUACCACCACUCCUCCCUGAAAGGAAAAAUGUUAAGGUCAAGAAAGGCUUUGAAAGGUUGGCGAAAAGAGAUGCCACCCGCAUCUCGGCUCCCUUUGCCAAAGGUGAUAGCAUAUGGCAUGAGCAUGGCCCUCCUCGCGAAACAGAAGAAGGGGAUGGCGCUAAAGCUCAUAGCCGACUUCGACACCUACAUGAGGCCCGGAGAGAGCCAAGAUUUGAAGGUCAGCAGCUUGGUGGCUCCAGUGAAGAAAGCUGGCCCACAGUACCGCUGGUUCAGUGUGGUGGUGCGGCCUUUCGACGACCUGAGACCAGACAAGGUGGGGGUGUUCGACAACAGCAUCCCAUUCAACUCCAAGGGCAGAGAGUGGAUAGGAGAGAUGAUGCAAGCCCACGUGAAGAAGCUGAAGAAGAAAAAGUCCGACCUCAUCUACGACUUCACGGCCGAGGAGUACCGGAAGGAAUUCCAGAAGGCUGGUCAGAUGAUGGGGCUGGAAGGUUUGCAUCCAUAUCAGCUCCGGCACGGGGGCGCUGCAGAAGACCUCAAUUCCAAGGCCAGAGAUUAUCCAAGUGUAAAGGCAAGAGGCAGAUGGCAGACAGAUGCCAGUGUGCGAAGAUACACAAAGGUGGGCAAGGUGCAGCAGCUGUUGAACCAGUUGUCAAAAAGACACGUGGAGUUCUGUCUCUGGUCAGUUCGCAACCUGGAGAAGGUGUUUCGGGAUCAAGUUCUUCCCCGAAGCCCGCUGAACUGAGCCGUAACUUCAAUGUGUUCAAAAACAAUACUUUGCCUCACAAAUUUUGCCUUGAAGUGUUUGCUGGUACAGCACGUAUCACAACCUCCUUGAAUGCACGUUCACUCC